GGAUGAGGAUGUGGCCAUGCAGGAUAAGGAAGAGGAGGUAAGUGGCUAGGGAGGAAAAAGAAGUGGAGGAGGAUUAGGACUUGGCCACAGAGAAGGAACAGGAGGAAGAGGACCUGGCCACAGAGGUGAAGGAGGAGGAUGUGGCCAUGCAGGGGGAAGAAGAAGAGAAGGAGGAGGUGGAUCUCGCCAUGGAGGAGGAGGAGCAAGAGGAUCUGGCCAGAGAGGACGACGAGGAGGAAAAGGAGGAGGAGAAUCUGGCCACAAAGAAGGAGAGGGAGGACCUGGUCAUGGGAAUGGAGCACGUGGUCAUGGAGAAGAAAGCGGAAGAGGACAACUUGGAUGAGGAAGAGGAUGAGGAGGGCAAAGCCAAGUCCUCCUCCACCUCCAUGGCCAGGUCCCCCUUGCCCAGAUGCAUAAAUAGGGAAGUAAUGAGUAGGAGCAGGAAGGGGAUCUUACCUCUCUCUAUAGCAUUAGUGAGAGAGAUAACGGAAUGGUGAUGGCCAGUUCUGGUGUCUGUGUUUUAAAAGGAUGGUGUUAAAUUGGAGAGUGUGCAGAAAAGAAUCACACAAAUGAUCUGAGAGCUGGAGAAAAUGACCUACAGUGAGAGACUCAGACUGUAGGUGGGUGAAAUUUAAUGGCCUGGAACAUUCAGGAGAUCAGAUGAGAUGAUCCAACGGUGCCUUCUGGCCUUAAGCUCUAUGACAAUCUAUGAAGCAUUGUCUU